AUGAAUGACAACAACACAGAUGUCUGACAGCCUAGGGUUCCACUUCACUGUGUUCUUCUAUGACCAUGUACACGACGAGUCUGAACUACGAAUCAUACAUAUUUGAUUCGCGACCAAGGUAUCCUCUCCUCAUUACUGCCAAGCGGUACUGGCAUCCCGAACACUGCUCCACUGAAACCGACGCGGUCACGCUUAUACUUGCACAUGGGGCGGGCUUUCACAAGGAGCACUGGGAGCCAACGCUCGAGCAUGUCUAUGAGCGUCUCAAGGAGCCGGAGAACGCGUUCGGAGUAAAGGUCCGUGAGGCAUGGAGCAUCGAGUGCCCCAACCAUGGUGAUGCGGCGGUGUUGAAUGAGGACGCACUGACGUGGGGAUACUUGCCUACCUUCUCGUGGGAGGAGUACGCGCGAAGCAUACAUGCCGUUCUAACCGGCCUUGGACAAGGCAUAGAUGUCGACUUUAGUCGCAGACGGCUCGUAGGCGUUGGGCAUUCCAUGGGUGCCAUAGCGCUGAUGCUUGCCGACACUUACUUUCCAACACUUAAAUUCGCUUCACUUAUCCUUGUCGGCCCCGCGCUCCUGCAUAAGCUGCAUCCAGGCGAGCUGCAGCCUGAUCCUGCCACCCCUGCCGCUAAACGCCGCGACAUUUGGCCAAGUCGCGAGGAAGCCUUGAAGGCGCUACAAUCCCGGCCCCCCUUCAAGACAUGGGACCCACGGAUUCUCGAGCUGUAUGUAGAGCAUGGAAUGCGCGAGCUCCCGACAGCAGUGUACCCCGACAAGGCGGACGGCGUGACACUGAAGUGUCCGAGGAAGCAGGAAGUGGCUUGCUACCUAUCGGAUAUCGGGCGCGCCCGCGCGUACAACUAUCUGCAUCACCUAUGCGUGACACUGCCUGUGCACAUCAUCUUCGGUACAAUAAAUGAUCUCUUCUCGGUCGCCCACCAGUACAUUUUAACAGUCGCCGCAAAGGAGAAGUAUGCUACUGUUUCGAAAGUCGACGGAGCUGGCCAUCUUGUACCACAAAUGCAACCUAAGGGGCUUGCCGACGCAGUAUUUGCUGCUAUGAGGCACGACAUCUCGACUAGCUUUGUCCCAGGAAGUAGUCUCUCGAGCAAGCUUUAAUAAUAUCUCAUAUCGCAGUCGCUCUUUGGCUGUGAUUACAUGAACUUAUCCCUAUCUUACUCUGUUUAGAGUUGACACCGUAAUAGAACCUGUAGAUUUUAGAUGCCCCAAAUGAUUGACACAGUUGUUUGUGGCUGUAAUUAUUGAUGUGGUAGCCUGGCAAUGCUUUUGAGAGCUGAGCGGAAGCAUCAUUGAACCACGAUGUGUGAAUUCCUUC